CGGCUGCCACAAUCGUAGAAUUCAGGGCAGCAACAUACGUUUUUAGUCUAUACUGGCUAUACCAACCAGUCAGGGACCUGAAACGCGUCAUUGAGCAACAGACAACGGGCAGCGCGGAUCUCCAGCCUAGUCAGAAAGGACUGGAAGCCAUCGCAGCAUUCGUGUGUUUGCUCUGAGCACUUUCUGUCUGGGAAGCCAUCCUUUGUGUAUGACUCAACUAACCCUGACUGGGUUCCAUCUGCAAGGAUGGGUUAGGUUGCUACGAUCACUUCCAGUGGAGAGAGAUUUGUUCGUCUCAAGAAAGGUCUAGUACACCUAGCAGCAGACAAUCAUAUACAACAUCAUGUCACUCCAAUUCAUGUCGGGAAUACUUCUUGCUUCUCCGUCCACAGUUGAGCCUCCGUUCUACCUGUUUCUAGGCCCGCAGGUACAACUUUCUCCUCGUAUCGCUUCUGCGAUUCGUCGGAGAGGCUUUUAGACUUCUGUUCCCUAGUCUCUAUUCUAAGAAUUAGCUUUAUCGCACUCGACCAUCAGACUAAGAAAUCACGUCAAACUCGCGAAUUCACCGCUAGAAUUUGGUUUAAAUCUUUCGCAAUUAGUAUACUGUCGCCGUACUAUCUAACACACAGUUGAACGUCCUUGAAAUGUUGUACAAGCCGCCGUCGCAAAGAGAGAUACCUGCCGAGGACAGAAACUUGCCCCCUAAAAUGGCGGCAAAUACGGGUACUACAGAGAACGCCUACUCCCCGCCCCCGCACGCACUAUCUCUAUUCACUGAGAGCUCUUGCUCGCUCGCCUCAGUACAAACUUCUAUGAUUUCGUUAGUCCAUCUAGAUACUUUCCAUUGACAAUUUAAGGGACCAGUCUUUCAUAUUGCUGCUCAUCCAUCGUGCCUGCCAAAGUGUAAGGUUAGAGCAUGCGCUCUUGCGCUAGGCAUAUGAAAACUGGAUGACUGUGACAGCGGUCUGGCAAGCGAGGUCUACACUGUUCUUGUCAUGGCAUUGUCAAAUAGAUAUCGAGUCACGGAAAUGGGUUUUGCUCGUGUAACAAGGCUAAUCCUCACUGCUAGACUGACGACUAAAAACUCUAGAGAUCGUAGAAAACGAGAGCCGAAGCCUGUGAAACCGUACAGAUUGGGGGUCCUAUUCGGACACAACACAGUUCAUGCUGGGGGAGCAACUCGUGGCAGAACCGCCGAACUCGUCGUAGACGACCUCUACAUGCGGAAGUUUGUGACAGGAACACUACUAGCCCAGAGGCUACUCGUAGCCUGGUUUCCUAUUAUCAUCAAGCGACGAAAUGACGAGAUUACAAUCGUGGCUGCAGCACAGCAGAAAAACCUGUCGUCAGUCGAGCAGCUGUGGUGGAUUAAAGGUUACGUAGAAACAUUUCAAUCGAUACGCACAGGAUGCCGUGUGAAAUUAGAUCUAAGGGUAGUGUGACUUGUGCUGUACCAAUGGUAUUGUCCUAAUUGCAACAUAUUUAUCACUCAUUAUAUCAAUCCACAUUA